GGAAACCGGCGUUUCAUAAGGGAUUAUGAUCAGUCAUGUUUCACAAACAAAACAGAGAAGACUGUUUAACUGUUACAUUGAUUACAGAAGAGUCUCAGCAGUAGAAAUUAAUUUCUGAUGUAUUCUUUUGAACGAAGAAACACAUCCUCGACACAAUGAAGAGACUGUACUUCAUCGAGCCGAUCGUCGCGAUUUACGCGUUUGCCAGUUUUAUGGUUUAUCCCCUCGUGCAGCAGUAUGUGUAUCGCAGAUUGUGGCUGGAGAUCACAAACUCUUCUUACCCCGUGUCCGACAACACUUCCCAAUGCGCCGCCAACAGCACCAGCCACAGCAGACAGCAAGAUGAGGUUCAGAAAGCAGCUUCUCUGUUCUCCAUGUACAGUGAUUUAUCUUCCAUGAUCCCCAGUCUCAUAGUGACCCUCCUCCUGGUGGCCUACAGCGAUCAGCGCGGCCGAAAGAUCACUAUUAUUAUGCCCCUCAUUGGGUCUCUGAUCUACACGCUUUCAUUCCUGGCGGUCUCCUUCUUCGAGCUCAACCUCUACCUCCUCAUUGCCGCCAACUUCGUAAGUGCCCUCUUUGGGGGUAUCGGCACCAUGCUAGGCGGCUGCUUCUCAUAUGUGGCCGAUUUGUGCGAGGACAGCAAGCAGAAAACUCUUCGCAUGGCUGUGGUGGACAUGAUGAUUGGCUUGUUGGCCGGUGUGGCGUCAAUCUCCACUGGCUACUUCCUGCAUGCAGUCGGGUUCAAUUGGCCUUUCUUCACGUCUGCCAUAUUUCUGGUGGUUAACUUGCUAUAUGCCAUCUUCAUUCUGGAAGAAACCAGGGUGAUUGACCAGGCAGAGACUGUGGAUUGUUGUCGGGCCAUGAAGAAACUUGUAUGUGGUAUCUACAACUUGUUUGCAGGAGGCAGUAAAAAAAAAAAAAUUAUUCUUCUGCUGAUUGUCACCACUCUCUCCUCCUGAGCUUUUGUCAAUACGGGGGGUCUGUCCAUGAUCACACUUUACGAACUCAAUGAGCCGCUGUGCUGGAGCGAGAUCCUCGUCGGCUAUGGCGCCGCGGCCAGCACCUCCAUCUUUAUCACUAGUUUUGUCGGUGUGUAUUUGUUCUCCCUCUGUCUGCCUAACCCUGCCAUCACCUUCAUCGGGAUGCUGUCAGUCGCUAUAAACAUGUUCAUGACGGCCUUCGCAAAGACCACGCUCAUUAUGUUCCUCGUAAGGGUUCCUGCUAUGUUUGCCAUCAUGCCGUUCCCUGUCCUGCGUUCGAUGAUGUCAAAGGUUGUCUCAAAGUCUGAGCAGGGAGCACUCUUUGCCUGUGUGGCCUUUAUGGAAAACCUGAGCACUAAUGGAUCCUCUGCGGUUUUUAGCAGAAUCUAUGCGGCCACCGUGGCAUGGUGUCCUGGCUUUAUCUUUCUGUUGGGUGCUGGACUCUGUAUCAUUCCCAUAAGUCUAUUAGGCAUCCUUAGGUGUUUCCAUUCAUUGGAUUCUAAUGACACUCAAGCACUCUUAUCAGAAGAUGGGACUGAAGCCUCACGUGACCCACCUGUAGCUUAAAAUCAACAGGAGUUUGGAUACCUCAUGGUUCCUCUGUGUGGUUCUUAACAUUUCAUCAUACCAGCACAUGUGGGUAAUCUGUUCAAACCUGUGUGUAUUUUUAGUAUUUCGAGUCGCUGCUGUGAAAUAUGCAGUUUUGCUGAAAUGCAGUAUUAUGGUGGUUUUUGAAGGGAACAGAACUUUAUUUUUCUAAAGGGAAAUUUUGUGAAAGAGGAAGUAUUUUUUUAAAUAAUAAGAAUAAUAAUUUCAUCAAAAAACAAAUUUAUAUAUCCUUAAGGAAAUACCAGUCACUUGCAAGGCAGCAACAAAACAGUAACAGUUAGGUUAGUUUACGUUAGGCUUUGAUUCUGUUUUGUCCACAAACAAGAAUGUAGUAAAUGUGAAGGGUAUCUAUAAAUGACAAGACCAAUCACAAUUCAGUAUGCAAAUACAACAAUUGAAUGUUUGAGGAAUAUCAGUACAUUGCUGCCUUACUAAUAUAAAGUUUGGGCUGAUCUGCAAUACAUUUGUGUUUUGUUUAGACAAACAUUUACUAUAGAUUUAUAAGGUAUAUAAAAUUGUAUUUUAUAAAGCAUAAGAUUUAGGAUGCAUCUUUAUAGUGUUUUAAAGUGGUCUAUGCUAUUCUAAGUGUGGCAAGGUUUUUAUUAGUCUCAUAUUUGCACAGAUCUGAGUCAUGAGCAAUUUAGCCAAUAAGUUCUGACCUGCCAUUGACUGUCUGUCAUCUGAAACAAGGUAAGAUACAUAAACUGGUGUAGAUCAGUUUACUUUGUUUGAAGGCUUAGCUGUGAAAAAAAGUGAUUUUGGAGGACUGGGCAGAUCAGUCAGUUGAUAUUUGUACUUCUCUGCCUGUACUUGUGCUCCUACACACACAAACAUACACAUUCCCAACAGGAAUGCGUACUGAACCACUGGGGAAAAAAAACCUAGUUCACCUCUUUCAUUUACACAAACAUGCUUAAACCCAAAUAAGUUUGGUAACUUGUGUGCAGUUGUGAUGUUUUGUAUAUGAAUACAUAAAGUUUCUAUUAUGAAAUGUAAUAAUAUAAGGGAUUACUGUCUGUUAACUUUACAGCAUGUAAAACCUACUGAUGUGUUAUUUGAAACAUUUAAAUUGUGCUUUCCGGGCUUGGAAAUUAUCCGGUUCUAGAAAUUAUUAUUAUUAUUAUUAUUAUUAUUGUUAAUAAUCAGUGCCUAAUUCUAUUGCUAAUAUAGCGUCUGCUAAAUAAAUAAAUAUAAAUUCAGUAA